AUGAAUCAACAACCAAAUACAUCUGAUGCUGACGUCACGAAAGCAACAAUAAAAUCUGCCGUUGAUGAUGAGACCUACGAGACUCUAAAAUGUGAUUUCGACGAGGUUCUGAGAGAAUUGGAAGGAAAUAAAAAUUUGGAGAAAUUCAAGGAUGGGUACGAAAAGUUAAUGAGGGCAUUUUCCAAAUCACAUGAUAAUGAAAAACUGUUAAUGCGAAAGUGUAGGGAGCUGAAAUCAGAAAUAGUUUCAAGUUCUGCUAAGGUUGCACAGGCUGCGAAUAUUUCUAGUGAUGAUCCAAGUAACGUCGCAAGUCUUAAACGGGAAAUCGAGCAGGCAUGGAAGAUGGUCGACGCUGCUGCUGACCGAGAGACUAAAGCUCAUGCAACAAUUAAAGAUCUCAAGGAAGAAAUAGCAAAUUUAAGCAAGUUGCUGGAACGCGGUGACACUGACGUAGCCGGAUCAGAAAGUUUAGUUGAGUUACAAAGGCAAAAAGAGAAGUUACUUAAAGAACGUGAUGAACAAAUUUCCGACAAUCAGAAAUUAAGAGAACAAAUUGAAGAAACUAGGAAUCGUAUUGCAGUUUAUCAAAAUGAGUUGUUGGAAGCACAAAAUAAAAUCACAGAAUUAACUGUAGAUCUUCAGAAUAAAAAUCUUGAAGCACAAAGAGAAUUACGUAAAAAAGAACAAAUAGAAAAAGAUUUGAAGCAGGUACGUAGCGAAGUUGAAGCAAAAAUGGAAGAGAUCAGUUCUACCUCAACAUCUGUUGAGAAAUUGAAACAAGAAUUACGUACAAAAGAUGAAGAAAAUCGUACAACAAAAGUCUCUUUAGAGCAAGCUAACCGUCAUUUACAAAUAACUGAAGGCAAAUUAAAAGAUUGUCAAGCAAAACUUGAACAACAGAUUGAAGUCAAUGAAUCUGUCACGGCUCAAGUACAAUCAAAAACAACUGAGUUGAAGCAACGAGAAGAUGAAAUACAAUGUGCUAAAACUGAUUAUCAUCGUUUAUUAAAACAAAAUGAAUUAAUUCAUAAAAAAUUUAAUCAAAUUGAAGAAGAAAAAUUAAAUUUACAACAUACAUGUGAACAUUUACGUAAUGAAAUUAAUUCUUAUGAAAAUGAAAUUGAAUUAAUACGUAAAACAAAUGAAUUAAAUAAAAAAGCUUGUGAAGAAUUUAAUCGUGAAAAAGAAUCCUUAAAUAAAACUUUAACAAAAACAACAACACAAACAAUAAAACAAGCAAAUUUAUUAAAAAUUAAUGAAAUAUCAAAACAAAAUUUAGAACAAGAAAUUAUGAAUUAUCGUGAUGAAGCAUUAAAACAACGUAAAAUUAUUUAUAAAUUAGAACGUGAACGUGAUCAUUAUAUUACGGAAGCAUCAGAAUUAACACAAAAAAUUUUACAAAAUAUGGAUGAUAUUAAAUUACGUGAAAUGCAAAUUUUUGAAAAUAAAAAAAAAAUUGCUGAAUAUGAAACUAAAUUAAAACAACAACAAAAUUUAUAUGAAGCUGUAUGUAAUGAUCGUAAUUUAUAUAAUAAAAAUUUAAUUAUUACACAAAAUCAAUUAAUUAAUAUGAAAAAACAAUUAAAAAAUUUAAAUUAUUCAAUAAAUCAAUUAAAAAAUGAUUUAUCAAUACGUGAUAUUAAUUUAAUUAAUGAAACAAUGGAAAAACAAAAAAUUGAAAAAAUUAAUGAACAAUUAUUAAAUGAAUUAAAUCAAUUAAAAUUACAAUUUAAUAAAAAUUUAAUUUUAAAUGAACAACAAAAAUUAGAAGAAAAUAAAUUAAAAAAAAUUAUUAAUGAUAUAAAUAAUCAAUAUUUUAUUGAAAAAAAACAAUAUGAAAAAUUAAUUAAUGAUAGAGAUAUUAUAGGUAGUCAAUUAAUACGUAGAAAUGAUGAAUUAAAAUUAAUUUAUGAAAAAUUAAAUAUACAAUCAAUUAUAUUAAAUAAAGGUGAAUUACAAUAUAAUGAAAGAUUAAAUGAUAUAAAUUUAUUAAAAAAAGAAAUAAAAAAAUUAAAAUUAGAAAAUCAAUUAUUACAUAAUACAACAAAAAAUAUUAAUCAUUAUAAAAUAGAAAUGAAUAGAAUACAAAAAAAUUUAUUAAAAGAAAGAAUAAGAGUUAAAGCAUUAGAAGAUGAAUUACAAAAUCCAAUUAAUGUACAUAGAUGGAGAAAAUUAGAAGGAAGUGACCCAUCUACCUAUGAAAUGAUACAGAAAAUUCAGGCAUUACAAAAACGUCUUAUUAGUAAAACUGAAGAAGUAGUUGAAAAAGAACUACUUAUUCAAGAAAAGGAAAAAAUUUACAUUGAAUUAAAGCAUAUAUUAGCACGUCAACCAGGUCCAGAAGUUGCAGAACAACUGAAUAUCUACCAAAAUAUGAUUAGAGAUAAAACAAAGCAAAUGAAAGCAAUGACAGCUGAAAUGAAUGUUUACGAAAGUCAAGUAACUGAAUAUAAAAUUGAAAUUGAACAUUUAAAUAAUGAAUUAAAAAAUAUUAAAAAAACAUAUUUUAAACAAAAAAGACGUCAACAACAAAUCAAUAAUGAAUCAUUAAAUAAUGAUAAAAAUUGUAGUAGUCAAGAGAAUAAAUUACAAAAAUAUCAUCCAAAUAUUAAAGAUUCACAAUCACGUUUUACUGGUGGUGGAUUUAAACUAACUCAUGUUGUUAGUUAA